AUGGAGAUUGGAGAUCCUUCCCCUCUUUCAGUUUGUUUUUCAUUUGAAUAUGUAUUUGAAGAUAAAGAAGGUUUCUCUGUUGGGCAGUCAUUGAGAAUACGUGUGGGCCACCUAAAGGGAUACAUGUGUCGUGUCAUGGAAAUUCGAUAUUCAGAUAUCACAAUCAAGCUUGAUUCCCAGCACAAGAUUCUUACAGUUAAAGUUGAGCAUCUUGCUGAGGUUAAAGGAAAGAUUUUUGGUGUUUCCAUUGGGUAUAGUGGUUUUAACUUUCCUUUAAAGGAUGGAUGGAUGGAAGAGCGGCAUCUGAACCUGGAGGUGGUGGUGGAGGGUGGAAUAUUGGAGGCCAAACUACUGAAAGGAGUUCUUGGGCACCUUUUCCUGCAGCAGGCUCAUCGCUUCAACCAGAAUCCAAUUCUGCAAAUCCUUUUUGGUUCCACGGAUAAUGAUGUCAGUAAAGAAGAUGGUGGAGGUUAUGCAUGGGGUGCAGCUGCUGCUAGUGAAAAGAAAGAAGUUGGUGGCGGGUGGGGAGCGAGUUCAAGUGGUGCUAAAACUGAAAAUUCAGAUGACUACUUUCAACCUUCUGUAGGGAAAACCUCUUAA